UUUCAGUCAGGUGUUUUGUUUCGGUUGUUGAAGUUUUUCCAUUUUUGUGUUUCAAGUCUGUUACUGUUGAAGAAAAUUCGUGUCCGUUGUGAAUUUGCAAAGCGUACAAGUAUUCUACUGUUUGGGAAUGUUAUCAGUAUCAGUGACAAAAAGUAAGAAACAUAAGCAAUUAACAAUGGACUCACCAUCAAUAAAAAGUGUGAACAAUGGUCGUCUACCGAAAUGUGCCAGAUGUCGUAAUCACGGUGUCAUUUCAGGUCUACGUGGACACAAGAAAAACUGUAUAUACCGGAAUUGCCACUGUGAAAAAUGUAAACUGAUUUAUGAACGUCAACGUAUUAUGGCUGCACAGGUCGCAUUGAAACGACAACAGGCCGUUGAAGAUGCAAUUGCAAUGCGAUUGGUGUCAAAUGAAACUGGCCAAAUAAUCGAAACAUUACCACCGGGUAAAAUAUUCGGAAUGUCCAUAAAGGAACCGUGCACAAUUGCCUCAUCCAGUUUAAAUGGAUCUGAAUGUCUGUCGCUUGUACCGAAAACCAAAAAUCCAGGUAGUUGUUCGGGUGAUACGCGAAGCGUAUCUGAAAGUGCCCUUGAUAUGUUGGCUCAUCUCUUUCCACACCGCAAACGAUCAGUACUUGAACUAAUUUUACGUCGCUGUGAUUUGGAUUUGUUGAAAGCAAUCGAGCAAUGUCGACCAGCACCAAGCGCUUUUAAACCGGUCUCAAAACCAACUACCACUAUAAAUCAAGAAAGUUGA